UUUGUCUUCUAUAGAGAGCGUGAUGCGCGAAUGUUCUUCUCACUGUCACUGGUCACUGGUCACUGGUCACUGGUCACGCCCCUCGCCCCCCUCUCUCUCUCUCUCUCUCGCUCGCUCGCUCGCUCGCUCGCUCGCUGCGAUUUCUGGAAGCGAAUCGGCUAGGGUUCGUGUGAAACCUUCUUCGCCGGAGACUUGUUUGGAUUCUUUGAUCUCUACUCUUUCGCCCUUUCCCCAAGAAUGAUCUUCAAUAUUGUCAGCAAGUAGGUGCAAGCUAAAAUGAGUAACAAAGGGAGUGGAAAGUCAUUCAUUGCUGGUACUGCUAACUCAUCAUCAAUGGGGAAAGGCAUAUCUGGGGAUUCUAGCCAAAAGGUGGAUCAGUUGAGUCAUGGGGUAGAGGACAUCAGCUUAGAUUCUGCACAAGAUGGUGAAUGGGAGGUCUAUGAGAAGAAGGCUAAACAUAGAUCCGGAAGUAAUGCUUCAAGAUCAUCAUCUUCUCAUGGUCACAAUCCUAAACCAUGGGGACAUCCUGAUGUGCAAAAGUCAGGGAUGUGGAACAGUGGCUGGGAGAAAGGUCCUGGCAAUAGUCGACCGAUGCCUAAUACUGAUUCUAGAAGGUCCUCAACCAGAGUAAAUUUCAGGCCCCAAUCAUCUAGUGGCAACCUUACAGCUGGACAACCAGUGAUUCCUCCUCCUUUGCAGCAAGGAUGGAAUUGGCGAGCAAGAGCUGCUGCCUCUCAGCCAGCAGAAGAGGGGGCAAACAAAAGAGAGAGCGACUUGGAUCACCAUGGUGGUGAUUCUGAUGACGAUAGGACUGAAAAUAACGAAGGUGACUCCGAUGCUAUUGAUGAUACUGAUGAUGAACUCCUCAGUGAUGAGUUUGACUCAGAUGCUAGCCAAAAGAGUCAUGAAACUCUCAAGAAAAGCAAUUGGUUCAAGUCUUUUUUCCAAAUGUUGGAUAAAUUGUCUGUUGAUGAGAUCAAUGAACCAGCUCGACAGUGGCAUUGUCCUGCAUGCCAACGUGGUCCUGGUGCCAUUGACUGGUACAGAGGUUUGCAGCCUCUUAUGACACAUGCGAAGACUAAAGGAUCUGCAAGGAUGAAGGUCCAUCGAGAAUUUGCUGAACUUUUGGAUGAAGAGCUGAGCAGGCGGGGUACUUCUGUCAUUCCAGCUGGGGAAGAAUUUGGGAAAUGGAAAGGUCUGAGUGGGACUGUGAGUGACCAUGACAUCAUCUGGCCUCCUAUGGUUGUGAUAAUGAAUACAAGACUUAACCUAGAUGACAAUGAGAAGUGGACUGGCAUGGGAAAUCAAGAACUGCUCAACUACUUUAGUUCGUAUGCUGCAGUGAAGGCUCGACACUCCUAUGGUCCACAGGGCCAUCGGGGCAUGAGUGUUUUGAUUUUUGAGAACUCAGCAAUAGGUUAUCUGGAGGCGGAACGUCUUCAUAGCCAUUUCAAAGAAGAAGGAACGGACAGGGAGGCUUGGGAGCGUAAUAGAGUCCUGUUCCGUCCUGGUGGACAGCGGCAACUUUUUGGGUACAUGGCUGAGAAACGAGACUUAGAUAAUUUCAACCUGCAUUCACAAGGGAAGUCCAAGCUAAAGUUCGAGAUAAAAUCAUACCAGGAAAUGGUUGUGAACCAGAUGAAACGAAUGAGUGAAGAUAAUCAGCAACUUAUCUGGUUCAAGAAUAAAGUGGCAAAGGAACAAAUGCGUUCAAAAGCCCUUCAGGAAUCCUUUGGCUCAGUUUCUGAAAAACUGCGGAGGACAUUGGAGGAAAACCGCAUUGUUAAGGAGAGAAGCAAAAUGCAUCAUGAACAGAAUAAGGAAGAGAUGGACUUUCAAGAGCAAUUCUUCAAGGAUCAGCUAAAAAUUAUUCACGAAGCCAGGGAUGCAAAGGAAGAUGACUUUGAAAAGAUUCAGCAGGAGGAGCGAGAGAAGGUUAAACAAUCAAAUGCAAAUCUUUCCAGCACAGAGGAUCGUAGGCGAAGGGCGGACGAAAUUACCAAAUUCGUCAAGUCUCAGGACAAGGAGAUGGAGGAAUUUGUGGCCGAGAGGGAUAGGCUGUUCGCGGCCCAUAAAGAAGAGAUGAUCGCCAUGAAGAAGAGACAUUGGGAGGAAGAAGUCGAGCUGGAGAAGAAAUUUGACGCCGAACUAAACCAGCUGAUGGAGAAGUACGCCCCACACUGAAACCAAAUUACUGAAACUUGGAGAUCUGAAGAUCUUACCUUUUGCAAGGAUCAGUCAGAUGGGAAAUCCGCUAUGGAACUUUUGGUGCUUAGCCUCUCUCUUUGUCAACUUAUAUGUUAUAUCUAACAGCCCUUUUGUUAAAUUUUCUGGUGUUAAUGACUUUGUUCGUGGCCUUUGAUUUGGAUUGGUUUGGUUUUUAGCCGUGUAUCUACUAUUUAGUUAGUAACUAGAAACUUGGAAGA